CUUUAUCUUCCGGCCAAACUUUCGCGGGAAAGUUGAGAGCCGGCAACAGCGCGAGCAUUUAUACCGAGUCGACUUGGAUAAAACAAAUUUUGACAGCAUGAGGACACUAGAAGAGGUUCAAGCCACGCUGCAAAUCGCUAAAGUAAAGGAAGAAGACCUGCAGCCCGUCACGUACUCUCUUUCUUUCGGACACAGCGUAUCGUCGGGCGAUUACUGUCUCAUGGAGCUGGAUGACACACUUUGCAAACACAUCGAAGCAGGCAAGAGUCUAAUAAUCAGAGGCGAUAAAGACGAGCACGCAGUCCUGUGCAGCGAAGACAAGACCUACGACUUAAAAAUCGCGGACACGUCGAAUCUGCUGCUGUUUGUACCAGGAUGUAAAACUCCAGAGCAGAUGCCUGACAUCUCCGCAUCUCCUCAGCUCCUCAUGAGCGCACAGAUUUGGGGGUUUUCAAAUUGUUACUGGGAGCUGAGGAGGCAGAGGCCGAGGUUAAAGAAGCUGAAGAAACUUCUGAUGGAGAAUCCUUAUGAUGGUCCAGCGGUGGGAGCGCAGGAGGAGUCACCGGGACCCAAGUACGCUAUGGAUGAUCUUCUUGAAAGAAUACAGGCGAGUAGAGAAGAAAUUGAGGCACAUCUUAAAAAUGUCCAUGCUUGUGAAAUUGACGGAUUUUGGAGGGUUCUGGACUUUGAUUAUGAGAUGAAGCUCCUGGGUCAUGUGACACAGCUGGUGGACUCGGAGUCUUGGUCUUUCAGUAAAGUUCCUCUCAGUGUCUGUCUAGAAGAGCUGGGAUCCCUUGAGCCCAAAGCCAUGAUAGAACACUGUCUGAACUGUUACGGACGGCGCUACAGUAAUGAAGAUGGCCAGGUGAUGUAUGCACUGGAGGAGGACAAAGUAUGCAGAGCCACGGCUCAGCUGCUCUUGCAAAACGCCGUGAAGUUCAACCUGUCCGAGUUCCAGGAGGUUUGGCAGCAGAGCGUUCCUGAGGGAAUGAACGCUAGACUGGAUCAGCUCCGGGGUUUAGCUCUGUUAGAUCGAAGCUCUAAACCAGAGACCGUCUCACUGCUGCGUGUGGAAGAUCUGCCCGAGGACACACUGGAGCGAUUCAACAGCCUCUUCAGCCUGAGAGAAAAAUGGACGCAAGAUGACAUCGAACCCUACAUACGAGACCUCUGUGGAGAGAAGCAGACCACUGGAGCUCUCCUGACCAAACAUGCUCGUUCUUCCAUGCAAAGCGGUGUGAAGGUCUACAACUCAAGAAGACCUGUUGCCACUUAACAUUAAAACAAAUUACUUUAAAGCAA